UAUGAAUGUAAACAGUGUGGGAAAGCCUUUUCCCAACCUAGUAGUCUCCAACUGCAUAAAAGAACACAUACUGGAGAGAAACCCUACAAAUGUAAUCAGUGUGGAAAAGCCUUUUCACGAAACGGACAUCUCCAAGUACAUAAAAGAACACAUACUGGAGAGAAACCUUACAAAUGUAAUCAGUGUGGUAAAGCCUUUUCACGACAUGGACAUCUCCAAGUACAUAAAAGAACACAUACUGGAGAGAAACCCUACAAAUGUAAUCAAUGUGGUAAAGCAUUUGCAUAUUGUAGAAGUCUCCAAAGUCAUAAAAGAACACAUACUGGAGAGAAAUCCUACGAAUGUAAUCAGUGUGGUAAAGCCUUUUCAGAAAUCGGUAAUCUCAAACUACAUAAAAGAACACAUACUGGAGAGAAACCCUACGAAUGUAAUCAGUGUGGUAAAGCCUUUUCACGACACGGACAUCUCCAAGUACAUAAAAGAACACAUACUGGAGAGAAACCCUACGAAUGUAAUCAGUGUGGUAAAGCC